AUGAAGGUGCUGACAUUGCGGUUCCUGGUGAUUCUCGUGCUGUUGGUGAUCCAAGGCUGCGCUAGCGAUGGGAUCAUGGACCUGCUGGCGUCGUUCAUUGACCUGGAAGGGCUAGCAGAGCAAGCUGCGAGAGAAGCGUCGGAGGAUGGGGUUGCUUCGAAGCCCGUCGACACCACAGAUCUAUCGGGAAACCAGCUUUACGGAGCGUUCCCGGCGUGGCUAGGCGAGAUGACGCUGCUACGGCUGCUAAACCUCCAGGACAAUCGACUCAACGGCGAUAUCCCGUCGUCCUUCGCCGACAACGAUGCCCUAGAGCUAAUCAACUUGUCAGGAAACAAUCUCACGGCGACGACACUCAGCUUUUUCGAUGCAUUCCAUCGACUUCAGCACCUAGAUCUAUCAAGCAACAAAAUCGCACUGGAACUACCGAAGAACCUAGUUGCAAGUGAAUUCCUGCGCUCCAUAAAUCUCAGUCACAAUGCAUUUUAUGGAGAUCUACCAGAGCUCUCGCGAUUCCAGCACUUGGAGUUCUUCGAUAUAUCGUCGAACUACUUCACUGGGGAGCUUCCUCAAAGCAUGUCGCUCUGGGGGCGAGAAGAUCCGCACGACCCUGACGAGGAUUCUGUUCUGGCAAUUGUGAACGUGUCAAACAAUCUUUUUACGAGUGCUCUGCCGACGAUUUUGAAUCAGUCGUCCCUGCACCAAUUCGAUGUUCACACCAACAAGCUCAGUGGCUUCAUACCGCAGCUCCCGCCGUCUUUACUGGAGCACGUGAAGCCUGCAGAUUUGAGUGGAAAUGACUUCUUGUGCCCGAUUCCGCCCGCUUUGCUACCGAGCAGCCUUACUUGCGUCUGCGGCAACGGAUACACGACAAAGUCGAGCCAACUUACUGCAACAAACUCAAAUGGCGAUUCCAGACAAGAAGCGAUGCCUGCCAACGAAGCUGCUGAAUUGUGCCUACCCUGCCCCGGGGGCUCGUACUCGAAUGCCAGCACCAACCAGAAGUGCGCGUUGUGUCCUCCUGGAUCUGCUCCAUCGCGUUCAACUCAUGGAGUCGCAGAUCACUGCGAGUUUUGCCUCCCUGGCACGUUCAGCAACGAGACUGGGUCGUAUGCAGACACUGAAGGUGAGGCGGGGUGUUUGUUGUGCUCCAAGGGCACGUACCAAGAUGUUGCUGGAUCCGCGGAGUGCACGGCGUGCCCAGUGGGGUAUGUUGCUCCCAGCGUUGGGCACACACGUUUACUGCUGCAGCGGCACAGACUGAGUGCAACAAGUGCGGGGAUGGACGAGUCGCAGAGAGUGCUGGAAGAACGUUUAACGAUGGUACAAAACGAAGUUGCCAGCCCUGCACGCCGGGAACAUUUGCAGCAGAUGAAGGAGCCCAAGCGUGUUCUCCUUGUGGCGAAGGAAGCUUCGCAGCCAGUGAAGGCUCGUCGACGUGUGAAAAAGCCCCAGUUGGAGCGUAUGUUAACAGUGAAGGAGCAACGAGAGCGGAACUGUGUCGAGUGCAUUUCGGCAAAACCUGGUGAGGUGUACGAGCAAGUGGAGUGGCCCCGUGUUGCAUUGACAUUGGUUGGCGUUGUGCUACAUGAAAUUGCUGGCAAAACGUUGGAAGACCUGACCCAGACGUGGACCGACGUCUUGACGAGCUACACGGCGUCUAACUACCAGUUGCACGUACUGCAAGUCGCCCACUCGAUCGUGUCUACAACUUCCACACAGAUCCUCGUCGCGAUAGAGACGAAAAUCUCAGCAGGUGAAAAAUCAUCCGGUAAAGUUGGAAAUGUUGUCAAAGCGGCUGAAAGUGCGCUUGGCGCCUUGCUGGACGAGCUCAAUGGCUCGAUUUAUGGGAAUGCAAGUCAAAGCGAAGAGCGGCGAGUUUUGGAGUUGGCAACUUCAAGUUCGUUCCGAAAUGAUUUGGUGCGGCAAUUCGACCACUUGAAGUUGUUUGACGGCGCUUUGACGGCCGACAUGGUAAACCUUUCAGUUGUCGACCCCGCGUUCACUUCAACCCGUGCUGUGGCCUGCACCCCGGGGACGUAUUUCUCUCUAGGUGCUGAGUAUUCAACUCGCGAGUGUCUUCCGUGUGCGGUGGGGUCGUUCUCUGCUUCGAGCGGGUCGUUGAAGUGCGCGUCGUGCCCUCGAGGGACUUUUUCGGCGCUCGAAGGGAAGGAAAAGUGCGAUCUUUGCCCCGCGGGGUCUGAUUCGGCGCCUGGAGCUUCGUCCUGCGUGGCGUGCUCGUGGUUCACCUACGACUGCAAGGGCUUCUGGGCCGACCUGGUCGUCGCUCUGUGUAUUGGCGCUGCACUAUUGCGCACGAUCUGCAGGAAGGUUCGCACGUGGAGCGCAGGUGACAGUGGCCAGCGAGAGCAGGACGAAAGCGUGGCGCUCAUGGCGGCCGUGCGAGCUCAUGGUCGCACUUUGGACCAAGUGCGGUACGAUCCGAUGCGCGAGGUCUCGGCGGAUACGAUGUUCGGCCACCGAGGAGCGCCGGCAAGCAACUGGGGGAACUUGCGCACGGACAUGGACAGCGUGCCGCUCUUCGAGCGCGAGCACCGCAACGACAGCCAGCUGGUGCAGCGCCUGCAGAACGAGCUGGCGGACGCCAAGCGCUUCGUGGAGGCGCAGGCGCGGCGCCAGAACGACCUCGAGUACGUGAACGAGGACCUGGAGCGCCGCCUCGAGCAGGAGGCGCUCGACCGCAUCACGCUGGACGCACAGAAGGCCGAGGACGAAAAACGAUGGCAACAGGAGAAGGCGGCGCUGCAAGAGCAACUUAAGAGCUGGGAGGCGCGCUUCGAGGAGGAGACGCGACGCCGCUCCAUGGCCGAGGAGCGCCUGCGCCGCGCCGAGAAGGAGCUGUAUCGCAUGCACCAGAAGAAGUACGACAUCGAGAAGCAGGUGCGGCGCGAGGAGAGCGAGAAGCGCAAGCACGAGGCCGUGAUCGUGCGCAGCCUGCAGUCCGACUCGCAGCGCGCCCAGCAGAGCGCUGCCAACGGGUUCCUGGACCCGACCGUGAACCCGAAGGACGCCAAACCCGCCACUGUGCGCACGCGGCAGGCGCUGUCCUCUGCUAUGGACUUCCUGGGGGUCUGA